UCCUUUUGUUUGUAAUCUUUUGUUCAGAUAAUGGCAUCCUUGCUGCCAGAAGCAUUGGCUUCGGGGAGCCGGGUGUGGGGUUGCGGGCCCUCCUCCCCAUUAAUGGGGUGGGUGUGGACCAGAAUGGGGCCGGGCUGGCCGUUUAGAAGUCUUGGAAUCCAGACUUUUUUUGCUUUCACAGUUAUCACCACCGUCGUCGUCAAAGUAAUAGAUGUCCAUGUUUAGGAAACCUAGUAUCGGAGAAUUUGUAAUAAAAAGCAAGAGCUCCCCAUCCUCAGAGGCAGCCACUUUUAACCAGUUGUGUUUUUAAUUCUGAUUACAUAAAAUACAUGCUAGCUCUUGCUUUAGUUACCUUUUGACUUAAUACUAUUAAUGAAGAUAGGGCACACUACACCAUCUCCUUUCUCUCUCCCUAACAUACCCUUAUAACUUCAAACAACAUAUGAAUCCACGUAAAAAAUCCACAGAUUUUUUAAAACUGUGCACUUCAUACUCUGUUUUUUAUUGCAUCAGUUUUUAGUAACAGUACCGGGAAUACGGUAAGGUAAAUGAGGCAUUCACCUCCGAUGUAAUUUAAGGGAGCACUAAUCAAGAUUAAUAAAGACAAGAUCAUUAUUACUGAUUUUUCCUUUUGCCCCAAACUCAGUAUAUCAGGGCAAGGCACUGUUACUGAUUAUGUUUUUAAUGCUCCCCGGCGUUAAAAUACUUAGUUUGGCUGCUGUGUUUGGAUUGUAGUCCUCUUGUCAAAAGCCCCCUCCCCAGAUACCACAACACAACAUCAUAAGACGAAGGUGAGGGGAUUGCUUACUCAGCUAGGUCAAGUGGCACCUGCGUGGCUUAGGUCUUGAUCUCAGGGUCACACCCAGUGUGACCUUAAAAAAAAAGAAAGAAACAGAAGAAAAAGGAAUCUUCAGAAAUCCCGCCCAGCUAUUUGAGAUGCUGCCCAAACCUGGGAUCUAUUACUUCCCCUGGGAAGUCAGUGCUGGCCAAGUUCCCAACGGGGGCACACUGAGAACAUUCGGCAGGCUGUGCCUCUAUGAUAUGACCCAAUCCCGAGUGACGCUGAGAGCUCAGCAUGGAUCUGAUGAGCACCAGAUUCUGGUCUGCACCAAGUUGGUGGAGCCGUUCCAAGCCCAGAAGGACUCCCUGUACCUUGUCCUCGGAGAGCUGGAGCACCAGGAUGGAGGCUCCGUGGUGAAGGCCCGGGUGCUGACCUGUGUGGAAGGAAUGAAUCUCCCCUUGUUGGAACAAGCCGUCCGGGAGCAGAGGAGCUCUGCGGCUAUGGAUGUGUUCCAGAAGGUGGAGAAGAUCGGAGAGGGCACCUAUGGGGUGGUGUAUAAGGCCAAGAACAAGGAGACAGGGCAGCUCGUGGCCCUCAAGAAGAUCAGGCUGGAUCUGGAAACCGAGGGAGUCCCAAGCACGGCCAUCAGGGAGAUCUCCCUGCUCAAAGAGCUUAAGCACCCCAACAUCGUCAGGCUGCUGGACGUGGUGCAUAGUGAGAGGAAGCUUUACCUGGUGUUUGAGUUCCUCAGCCAGGACCUGAAGAAGUACAUGGACUCGGCCGCAGCCUCCGAGCUGCCCCUGAGCCUGGUCAAGAGCUACCUCUACCAGCUGCUGCAGGGGGUGAAUUUCUGCCACUCUCAUCGGGUCAUCCACCGCGACCUGAAGCCCCAGAAUCUGCUCAUCAACGAGUUGGGUGCCAUCAAGCUGGCUGACUUCGGGCUGGCUCGAGCCUUUGGGGUGCCCCUACGCACCUACACCCACGAGGUGGUGACACUCUGGUAUCGUGCCCCUGAGAUCCUCUUGGGCAGCAAGUUCUAUUCCACAGCUGUGGAUGUCUGGAGCAUUGGUUGCAUCUUUGCCGAGAUGGUGACCCGCAGGGCCCUGUUUCCUGGCGACUCUGAGAUUGACCAGCUCUUCCGAAUCUUUCGGACCCUGGGGACACCCAGUGAAGCCACGUGGCCAGGGGUCACCCAGCUGCCUGACUAUAAGGGCAGUUUCCCCAAGUGGACCAGGAAGGGGCUGGAGGAGAUCGUGCCCAGUCUGGAACCAGAGGGCAAGGACCUGCUCAUGCAACUCUUGCAGUACGACCCCAGCCGGCGGAUCUCAGCCAAGGCUGCCCUUGUGCAUCCAUACUUCUCGUCCACGGAGACCUCCCCGGCCCCCCACCAGUGCGUGCUGGAGCGGUUCUGCCGCUGAGAAGGCCGGGGCUUCCCAGCCUCUCUCCAGCCUCCCCACCCACUUCCCAAGAAAGAGAGCGUAUCUGGGAGAGAGCAAAGCUCUGAGGAAUCUGGCCUCAGCAGCCAAGGGGGCUGAGUUUGGGUUAGUUCUGCCCCCACGUUAGCAAGUUCUCGUGUUGUUGGUUGGGUUUGACGAUGCCGUUUCGAGAUGGGGGCAUGGAAGCUCCAUGCUCCAGGGUUGGAAGGGGGUAUGUUAGAGACUGCAUCCCCUGCUCUGGAACAAGUCGCCGGGGAGAGCUCGAAGCCGGCCCCACCUGGCCGCAAGGCGGAGCCAGACACCCCCCCUCCGGAAAGGGUGCCCCCUGCUGGUCUUUAUGGCUUUAAAAUGUUUUUUGGGGAAGAGUUGCAUUCCGGCGAAGAGUCCAAGUUAAACAGGAAGCGGGGGCAAGGGAGAGAGAGGACAUUUUCCUGAUCCCAGGGUGGGUGAGGGUGUGUGUGGUGGUUCUGAGUUGUUGCCUCGUACUUAGGAAAUGCUUAUGUUCGUUCACCCCUGGUUUUA